GCGAAGAGAAUACCAGGUGUAAGAAUAUUCAGAUUUGAACAGUCGUUAUUUUUCCUUAAUAAGGAACACUUCAGAACACUACUUUACAAAAAUACAGUCAAUCCAAUUACACUAAAAAUUGCUCAAGAUAAAAAGGCUAAAAAGCUUAGGAAACUUCAAGCAAAAGAAACAAAAAAUGAAGAUGAAACAGUACCAGAGAGUAACCAUGUAGAAGUAGAGUUGAAUACAUUAUCUGAUACUGCCACUGUACUUGUUGAAGGUAUAGAGGGGAGCAAAUUAGAUUUGGACUUUCACACUAUCAUAUUUGACUGUUCAUUGUGGAGUUUCGUGGAUUCUAUGGGUGUCAAGGUGCUAAAAGCUGUGAUAGGUGAAUACAAGGCUGUUGGUAUUCAGAUUUUAAUGGCAAAUUGUAAAGUAGGUGUACGAGAGAUGUUUGAGAAGACCAAGUUUUAUGAUACAUUAGAUGAGGACAGAAUAUAUGUGUCAGUUCAUGAUGCUGUUAUACAUUCUAUACAGGGUGACAAUAGUCAGAAUGGAAAUCUAAAGCCAAGUACAGACGAGCAAUAGAAUAAAGUAUGAUAAAGAAAGGGAGACAAUAAUGAUAGAAAGUGACAAACAGAAUGUAUAAGUAUUUUUAUAUGAGAGCAACAUGACGUAACACCAGUGAUACAAGCUUGAGAGAAGAAUGUCACAGUUGUUUGGAAUAAGUAUAAACCCACGUAAUCAACUCUUGCCAAAAAUUAUCCAGAAUUUAGAGGAUUUUAUUUUUAUUGCAUGCAUUUGUAUAAGGAACUAGAUCUCCAAUACAUGUAUCAUAGUCCCGCAUGUUUAUUAUACAUUGUCAUUAAAAGUUCUUUUCUUGCUAGUUAAUGAAUUUUUUUCAAAUACAGUUUGUAAUGCUACAUUGGUAAGGUGACAUGAUUUUUAGCUCACCUGUCACAAAGUGACAGGGUGAGCUUUUGUGAUCGCUUUUCGUCCGGCAUCCGUCCGUCCGUAAAAAAACUUUUACUUUAAAUGACAUCUCCUCAUAAACCACUAAGCCAAUUUCAUCCAAACUUCACAGGAAUGUUCCUUUGGUGGUCACCUUUAAAAAUUGUUCAAAGAAUUUAAUUCCAUGCAGAACUCUGGUUGCCAUGGCAACCGAAAGAAAAAACUUUAAAUAUCUUCUUUUAAAAAAACGUAAGAGCUAGAGCUUAGAUAUUUGGCAUGAAACAUCUUCUGGUGAGUGUCUACCAAGUUUGUUCAAAUAAAAGCCCUGGGGUCAAAAUUGGCCCCGCCCCAGGGGGUCUUUGAUUUUCCCUAUAUGCAUAUAGUAAAAACUUAAAAAAUCUUCUUUUAAAGAACCCAAAGAGCUAGAGCUAAGAUAUUUAGCAUGAAACAUGUUCUAAUGAGUGUCUACCAAGUUUGUUCAAAUAAAAGCCCCAGGGUCAAAAUUGGCCCCGCCCCAGGGGGUCAUUGAUUUUCCCUAUAUGCAUAUAGUAAAAACCUAAAAAAUCUUCUUUUAAAGAACCCAAAGAGCUAGAGCUAAGAUAUUUAGCAUGAAACAUCUUCUAAUGAGUGUCUACCAAGUUUGUUCAAAUAAAAGCCCCGGGGUCAAAAUUGGCCCCGCCCCAGGGGGUCAUUGAUUUUCCCUAUAUGCAUAUAGUAAAAACUUAAAAAAUCUUCUUUUAAAGAACUCAAAGAGCUAGAGCUAAGAUAUUUAGUAUGAAACAUCUUCUAGUGAGUGUCUACCAAGUUUGUUCAAAUAAAAGCCCUGGGGGUCAAAAUUGGCCCCGCCCAGGGGUCAUUGAUUUUCCUUACAUCUGUAUAGCAAAAACUUAAAAAUCAUCUUUGAAAAAACCCAAAUAGCUAGAGUUUAGAUAUUAAGCAUGAAACAUCUUCUAGUAAGUGUCUACAAAGUUUGUUCAAAUGAAAGCCCUGGGGUCAAAAUUGGCCCCGCCCCAGGGGUGUCAUUUAUUAACUAUAUGUGUAUAGUAAAAACUUAAAAAAAUCUGCUUUUAAGAAACCCAAUGAGCUAGAGCUUAGAUGUUUAGCAUGAAACAUCUUCUUAUGGGUGUCUACCAAGUUUGUUCAAAUAAAAGCCCUUGGGUUAAAAUUGGCCCUGCCAGGGGGGGGGGGGGGGCUAUAUACAGGUGAGCGACUUCAGGGCCAUCAUGGCCCUCUUGUUAUUGUUUUCUGUUGAGAAAUACCUUUCUGAACAUCUGUUUAUUCAUUUUAGUCAAAUGUAUAAAGAAGAAUGUGAUUCUUUGAUGAAGUUCUAAAAUGUUACAAAUAUAGACAACUGUGACGAAUUUCAUAAUCUGAUGUGUUAGGAAACUUUCUUUAAUAUAUACUUGAAAUUUUUCUUUAUGAUAUACUUCACUUUAUACACCUGACAUGUUAAUUUCUCGUAUUUCUUUUAAUUAAUUCAGAUAUCAUUGUAGGUUUUUGUAUAUAAAUGAUGUUUUUUCAUUGGAGAGAUGAUUCAAUAUCAUUGAUAGUUAGUAACGUUAACAAAUAUUUAUUAAAGGUUACUGAUAUAAAGUCAGGGACACUGAUAUAAAGUCAAGGUUACUGAUAUUUAGUAAAGGUCACCAAUAUAAAGUGAAGGUCACUGACAUUUAGUAAAGGUCGCCAAUAUAAAGUGAAGGUCACUAAUAUUUAGUAAAAGUCACCAAUAUAAAGUCAAGGUUACUGAUAUUUAGUAAAGGUCACCAACGUAAAGUGAAGGUCACUGAUAUUUAGAAGUGGUCACCAAUAUAAAGUGAAGGUCAUUGAUAUUUAGUAAAGGUCACUGAUUUAAAGUGAAGGUCACUGAUAUUUAGUAAAAAUAACUGUUAUAAAGUCAAGGUCACUGACAUUUAGUAAAGGUCGCCAAUAUAAAGUGAAGGUCACUAAUAUUUAGUUAAAGUCACCAAUAUAAAGUCAAGGUUACUGAUAUUUAGUAAAGAUCUUAACAUAAAGUGAAGGUCACUGAUAUUUCGAAAAGGUCACCAAUAUAAAGUGAAUGUCAUUGAUAUUUAGUAAAGGUCACUGAUUUAAAGUGAAGGUCACUGAUAUUUAGUAAAAAUAACUGUUAUAAAGUCAAGGUCACUGCUAUUUAGUUAAGGUCACUGAUAUUUAGUUAUGAUCACUAAUAUUUAGGAAAGGUCACUGAUAUUUAGUUAUAGUCACUGAUACUUAGUAACGGCCAAUGAUAUUUAGUAAAUGUCAGCUCUGUAAAUGCUUUAAAGAGGCUGUUGUUGUAUGUUAAUUAGUUGUUUCGGGGCUUUGUCAAAUGUUUCAAAAAAAUCAUUAAGGGACUUUUGCCCGAGGUUAGAAUAGUUAUGAAGGGGAUUUUUUUUCAAAUGUUUAAUUAUUGCCAAGGGGCUUUUGUCAAAUGUUUAAAAAUUACCUAGGGGCCUUUGUCCACUUACCAUCAGUGGACUUAUUUCAUGUUCUGUUAUACUAUGGAAAUGAAUAAUAACUUUAUUUUUAGACUAAUUGGAUGUUGCGUUUAUUUGUGGUAUUCAUACAUGUGAACUCUCCCACUUUUAGCGGGAGACUCCCACUUUCUGUAGCCAUAUUUUCAAAAAAAUUUCUGAAAAUAAGGGGUAUUUUCACAAAUUAAAGAAAUUUCCCUCUUUUAGAUGUCAAAACUUUCUUUUUUGUUUAUUGCAAAUUCUAAAAUCUCCCUCUUUUUGAAGAAAAAUCUCCCACUUGAUGAUCCAAAAAAGUUCAAAUGAAUACCGUAUUGAUUUGAUAUUGUAAACAAAACAAAAGUACUUUUUCCACUCUCACGCCUAAAUAGUUUAACAGAAGAUACCACAUUUUAAAAAAAAUUUCCUGUUAUUCUGUGGAAAAAAUAUUGGAACAAUGAAUAAUAAUGAAAAAAUAAAACUAGUGGGAAAGAACUUUUAAUAGUAUGCAUGCUAAAUUGUGACAGUCGACUUUCUAUUUAUGUUAUUUUAUAUAUUUACACAUUCUUGUGAUGUUAUAAACUUUUAUUAAAGAUAAACAUGACAUUUUAUUUAUAUUUUCUAUGAUAGUUUUUACUUUUGUUACCACUUGAUUUCUAGUACAUAUUUGAGAAUUAUAAUUUUGACGAAUGAAAUAAAUGUCUACCCUUUACAUUAAAAUUGUAUGAUAUAUGUUAUGUAUAGACAAAUAUUUAUAUUGACUUUCUUCAUGACAUAAAGUUAAAAGCUAUUUUUAUACAUAAUGGACAACAAGUUAAGUUUAUAUUGUUUAUUUUUUAUCAUUUACGAUAUACAUUGUACAGUGCAACCUUGGCAGAGUGACCUUCUGUUCAGAAAUUUCCUUUUACAUACAACUGUUUCAAAUCUUCAUAAAGGGACCUCCGUGGCCAUGUGGUUAAGGUCCACUUACCCCUCACAACUGUGAGUAAGAAUCCUGACAGGGACUUCAGAUUUUUUCAUGAGAGAAAAUCUUCCAGCUAUAUAGCUUACAGAUUAUUGUUGGUUUGAAUCAGGAGCCUUUUUGUUCCUGAAAUAAUGCAUGAAGGUAUAUCUCCACCAUAAAAGCUGGAAAGUCACCUAAUGACCUUUGCUGUGUUGGUGUGGUUGCAUCAUGAGCAGGGGGUUGCUCUGCAGAAGUUGUGCAGUAAUUUGAAUAUUUAAUCUUUUUGGUUCUUAUUUAGGAAAAGAUUAUCAGAUUAAUUGAUCUUGAUCAUACUUUACUUAUAUUUAUUGUUCACCACCCUUAUAACAAUUGUACAUUUUGUAAACAUUAAAGAAACAAAAAACAACCAGCUAAGUUUCCUUGCUGGUGAAUUCCUGCAUUUCUAAUAAAAUUCUCAAGCAAAUAAAUUGUGUUCUAAAUUUUUGAUGGUGAAUCUAUUAUUAUAUACAUGUAUUCUACCAAUAUAACUUCAAAUAAAAGAGUAAUACACUAUUACAUAUUAUAUAGUUAAAUUUAAGCCAAGCUAUAUUCUAUAUUUAUCCAGGGCAUUAAUUUUGUAUGGUUUUAUUUUUUGAAAAGGAUAAAAGUAAUCAGAAUAUAUAUAACAUGUGAUAGUAGAUAGAUUGAAGGUGAUUGAUAUUCAUCCAGGGUUUAUUGUUGUUGAUAUAUUUGUUUAGCUAACCUGUCACUGUGUGACAGUUUGAGCUUUUAGGAUUGUUGGCUGUCUGUGGUCCACACAUUUUAAUAACAUCUCUUCUAAAACCACACAGUCAAAUAUGAAUAAAACUUGGCAAAAAUAACUUUUGUAUGAAGUCCUACCAAGUUUGUUUAGACAGUUUUUGUCAAUCACAUAUCUUGCUCACAGAAGCUUAACAUAAAAUUUAAAAUUGCAACCUUUUUAGUUUCAUUUGAGCCGUGUCACAACAAAACCAACGUACUGCAUUUGCGACCAGCAUGGAUCCAGACCAGCCUGUGCAUCUGCGCAGUCUGAUCAGGAUCCAUGCUGUUCGCUAUCAGUUUUUCUACUUAUAAUAGGGUUUGUAAGCGAACAGCAUGAUUUCUGAUCAGACUGCAUGGAUGUGCAGGCUGGUCUUGAUCCAUGUUGGUCGCAAACCCAUUAUGUUGGUUUUGUCGAGAAGCAGCUCAAUUUUUCCAAAGAAAAAAACAAGUGGAGCUAUUGUCAUGACCCUCUGGUUGGCUUUGGUUAACUAAAAGUUAAGGUUCAAUUUCUCAAAAUUAUAAAAGCUAUUCACUUCAAACUUGGUAUACAUGUUUAUAAAGGGCAGAUAAUUCUAAAAAUCAUUUUUACAAAGUUAUGUAUUUUUUUCUGUCUUGCUUUGAUUUAACUCUCUUAAGGACUGUGAAAAAUGGAGCACAUGGUCUGCAAACAGAUCUUGUUAAAUUUUCUUCUCAGAAAAGACUAGGUCUAGAUAUUAGAUAUAUAUAUGAUGUGUAGCAUCUCCUUAUAAGACACUUACAGUUCUAUUAAAAUUAUAUAAUAAUUUGGACAAAAUUUGCCAGGUCUCGGGGGUCUUGGGUUUUUCCUGUAUAUGUAUAUAGAAGAAACUUUUUAUUUUGAAACAUUUUAUAGUAGAUCUCUACCAAGUGUGUUCAAAUUAAACCCCGUGUGUCAAAAUUGACCAACCAGGGAUCAUGAGUUUUCCUAUGUGUUCAUGCAUACAGUAAAAACUAAAUAGUUUUUCUCUAAACCCUCAAAAAUUUGGCCUGGAAUAUUGGUUACUGGAUUUCUACCAAGAUUGUUCAAAUUAUAGCCUUGGGCUUAGAAUUUUAUCCUAUACCUGGGAGGUGUCUUGUGUUUUCCUUAAAUCUAUUUUGUAAAACCUUUUACAAUCUUCUUAGCUUCCAGAUGCUAGACUAUUGAUGUUUGGCUGGAAACAUUGUCGAAUGGAGUUCUACAAAGUUUGUUCAAAUAGUUGUGGGGUCAAAAUUGGCCCAGCAUAAGGUCAAAAUAUAACAAUGAAACAGUUCAUAUCAACCAUUGAUUUCCUUAACAGAGGAUUCCAUAACAUCCAUUGACUUUCUUAGAAACCAGGCACUUUUAUAGCCUCCAUUGACUUUCCAUGGGAACCAGUCACUUUGAUAGCAUCCAUUGACUUUCCUUAGGAACCAGCCCCUUUUAUAACAACCAUUGACUUCCUUUAGCAAGCACUUAUUUCCAUAGCACUGCAGGCAUCUGCAGCAACCAGUGAACUCCAAAGCAAACAUUGACUUUCAAUAGCAACCGGUGAAAAUCUUAGACAAUUGCUCAUUCUUUCGAACUGGCAAGUUUGGGAUAACAUCACAAGAAUCGUUCAUGUGUAACCCACUACCUAGUAAGUUUAUGCAGAACAAUGAGGCUAUAGGGGCCAUUAACUUGUGCUUUGAUGAAGCUUUAAUGGUCAUGUCAGACAUCUUCACUAAUCCUGUUUUAAAAAUAAUUUUGUAUAAACAGUUUCUGCACAACUCCUGUAUUGAAUUGUUUUAAAUAAUUUGACAUAAAGUAUAAUUCAGAUCGAAAUUAUGUCCUUAAAUUGUAGAAAACUGACAGGUGGACAAACAGUCCACAUCUAUGCCAAAAACCAUGACACAUUUGUUUACAUUAUUCAGUCUUUGCUGUGACUAAUUUGUUGAAAGCUAUACUGUUUGCAGAUUCGGCUUAACAAAUACGUUACUGUCUAUUAUAUUAUGUGACUAUUUUGUUUUUACAGGGUUGUUAGAUUUUAUUUUUCAGGUAAAAUGUUAUUUUAUAUAUUUUUAUGUAAAAC